AUGUUCUUCGCAAAGUCGCUCGUUGCCCUCCUCGCCGCCGGCUCAUCUGCCUUGGCUAUUACCAUCACCUCCCCCUCCCAGUCCGCUUACUGGGUUCAGAACACCUCCAAUGUCAUCGCUUGGACCUUUAACAGCGGUGAUACCAACCCCAUUGACAUCACUGUCACGAACUCGAACAACUCCUUCCUCAACGGCAUCUUCUCUAUUGCGCGCGGUGUUGACUUGACAAAUGGCUCUUUCACUGUCACCAAUGUUACUCUCGUCGCCGCUUCUGGCUAUGUUGUAAACUUCGUCAACGGCACCAACCAGUCGCAGAUCUUUGCCAGCUCUGGUGAAUUCGACGUUCGCACUUCAGGAACCACCCCCGCUAGCGUCUCUAUCCCUGCUCCAUCCCCCACCGCUACGACACCUACGUCUGGAUCUGCUUCCGGCACUGCUGCCUCCGCUAGCGCCACUGGUCCUCCUGCGCCCUCCCCGGAGGCCAAUGCUGCCGCCCCUCUCAUCGCCAACGGUAUUGUCCCCAUUGCCCUCAGCGCAGCUAUGGCGCUGUUCGGUGGCAUUGUUGCCAUGUAA